GCAGAAAAAACAAACAUUUGAGCAGUUAUAAUGGCACUGAGGCUCAUUUUUCUUCAUGCCGGUGUGUAAAAAUGCAGCAUGCACUGCAGUGACGAAUGGGGAACAUUUUAAAGGGAACCUGUAGCCAGGCUGUGAUCAGGGACGGACUGACAACACAUGGGGCCCCCAGGCAAUAGGGGAUCAUGGGGCCCCUGUGUCCUCGCCCACAUUCAAACCACACCCGAAAAAAAACCUAUGAAAGGUACCAGGGGCAUCUCAUGGGGCCCCCUACUGACCCCGGGCCCUCAGACAGUGCCCGAGUUUCCAAAU